GCAAGUUUAUUAUUUUAAUGUCUAAAACACUGUUGAAUUUCACUCAUGUUGUUCUUCUCUAUCGCAAGGUACGCUCGAUAUGGCUCGAGUAAAGGACGUGGCCCUCUAUUAGCAAAAUUUGCUCCUAUUGGUUUUAAAAAGGGUUUCGGUGCCGUUGGUCUUGGUAGACAUACUAAGAAAGGAUUCUUCUUGAUAAACAAGAUGCUGGUACCAAAUUUACAUGUACCUGAACAUAUGGACCCCGAGCUCAAACCAUAUGUUUCCCCAAAAACAAUCAAAUACCUCGAGGAUAAUAAAUGAAUGGAUCUAUA